CUGUCAAAAAUGUAUCGAAUGCGAUUUCGACUUCUUAUUUUCUCAGCGUCUGUAACUAUAGUAUUUCUUUAUUUGAUAAGCUCAAUUUUCAGUGUCUUACAAAACACUACAGUUUAUUCAUGUCAAAUCCCGUUGGAAGGAAAAGAUCCGAUGAUAUAUGGAUAUCUUUGUGCAGUUGAUAAAUGUGUUUAUGAUCUAUUUGAGGAGACGAACAAAGACAAAUUUGAAACAAUGUGGAGAAAAUUGCCAGAAUCUUUAAAUUGGUGCUCGACGAAUGCUCAGAUGAGCGUGAUAAGAUUCACGUUGAGAAGUGAAAUGACAAUGUUCAAAGUGAAAAAUAUGAUAGAAAAGAGUAAAGCAAAAUUCACAGAGACAUGUACCGCCGUUGUCGUUUCAUUUGACGGUGACUCUUCCCUCCGAGAUCUGGAUCUUGAUAAAAUUCUAAAAUCCUGCACAAUUCAUCACUUGAAAUUUUCGUCUUUGAAAGCUGAAGGUUUGGCAAACUCGCUGAAACGUAUCAGCUCGGUGAUCGAUGUUUUGAUAGUGGGACCUUCCAAAGGAUCUUCUCACCUUUUGUUUCAACAGUUUUUGGGAGACUAUUACGAUUUUCUUCCUCCAGUUUGUCAGGUGAACUUUGCGCAUACCUUACCCCGCUCUCGUGAAGAAAACGGAUUUGUCGAGUCAAUGCAACGUCUGAGAAUGGAGAAAAAGUUCAUGCUCAUGGGAGCAAGUAAAGACCGAACAGAUAUGCAUUUGAACUUAUUUUUCGAAAAUAUGGAUCAAAAGUAUUGCAGAGAACGAUACUUUCGGUAUCUUUCGUAUUUCUAAAUUUUUGAAUGAAACGCUUUACACUGA